CCCGGCGUGGGCCCGCUGGGCCCGUGGGCCGCGCUGGGGACGCGGCCUCCGCCUGCGGCCUGGCCCGGAGCGCCGCGAAGUCUCGCCCCGUCUCGCGAGAGUCGAAGUUGAAGGAACAUGGCGACGUCUAAUCUGUUAAAGAAUAAAGGCUCUCUUCAGUUUGAAGACAAGUGGGAUUUUAUGCGUCCAAUUGUUUUGAAGCUUUUACGCCAGGAAUCUGUUACAAAACAACAGUGGUUUGAUCUGUUUUCAGAUGUUCAUGCAGUCUGUCUCUGGGAUGAUAAAGGCCCAGCAAAAAUUCAUCAGGCUUUAAAAGAAGAUAUUCUUGAAUUUAUUAAGCAAGCACAGGCACGAGUGUUGAGCCAUCAAGAUGACACAGCUUUGCUAAAAGCAUAUAUUGUUGAAUGGCGGAAAUUCUUUACACAGUGUGAUAUUUUACCAAAACCCUUUUGUCAACUAGAGAUUACUUUAAUGGGUAAACAGGGCAGCAAUAAAAAAACAAAUGUGGAAGAUAGUAUUGUGCGAAAGCUCAUGCUUGAUACAUGGAAUGAAUCAAUUUUUUCAAAUAUUAAAAACAGACUACAAGAUAGUGCAAUGAAGCUGGUACAUGCUGAAAGAUUAGGAGAAGCUUUUGAUUCUCAGCUGGUCAUUGGAGUGAGAGAAUCCUAUGUUAACCUUUGUUCUAAUCCUGAAGAUAAGCUUCAGAUUUAUAGGGACAAUUUUGAGAAGGCAUAUUUGGAUUCAACAGAGAGAUUUUAUAGAACUCAGGCACCCUCAUAUUUACAGCAAAAUGGUGUACAGAAUUAUAUGAAAUAUGCAGAUGCUAAAUUAAAAGAAGAAGAAAAACGAGCAUUACGUUAUUUAGAAACAAGACGAGAAUGUAACUCUGUUGAAGCUCUCAUGGAAUGCUGUGUGAAUGCCUUGGUGACGUCAUUUAAAGAGACUAUCUUAGCGGAGUGCCAAGGCAUGAUCAAGCGAAAUGAAACUGAAAAAUUACAUUUAAUGUUUUCAUUGAUGGACAAAGUUCCUAAUGGAAUAGAGCCAAUGCUGAAGGACUUAGAGGAACACAUCAUAAGUGCUGGCCUGGCAGAUAUGGUAGCAGCUGCUGAAACUAUUACCACUGACUCCGAGAAAUAUGUUGAACAGUUACUUACACUAUUUAAUAGAUUUAGUAAACUCGUCAAAGAAGCUUUUCAAGAUGAUCCACGAUUUCUUACUGCAAGAGAUAAGGCAUAUAAAGCUGUUGUGAAUGAUGCUACCAUAUUUAAACUUGAAUUACCUUUGAAGCAGAAAGGAGUGGGGUUGAAAACUCAACCUGAAUCAAAGUGCCCUGAGUUGCUUGCCAAUUACUGUGACAUGUUGCUGAGAAAAACACCAUUAAGUAAAAAACUAACCUCUGAAGAAAUUGAGGCAAAGCUUAAAGAAGUGCUCUUGGUACUUAAAUAUGUACAAAACAAAGAUGUUUUUAUGAGAUAUCACAAAGCUCAUUUGACACGACGUCUUAUAUUAGACAUCUCUGCUGAUAGUGAAAUUGAAGAAAAUAUGGUAGAGUGGUUAAGAGAAGUUGGUAUGCCAGCAGAUUAUGUAAACAAGCUUGCUAGAAUGUUUCAGGACAUAAAAGUAUCUGAAGAUUUGAACCAAGCUUUCAAGGAAAUGCACAAAAAUAAUAAGUUGGCUUUACCAGCUGAUUCGGUUAAUAUAAAAAUUCUGAAUGCUGGUGCCUGGUCAAGAAGCUCUGAGAAAGUCUUUGUUUCACUUCCUACUGAACUGGAGGAUUUGAUACCUGAAGUGGAAGAAUUUUACAAAAAAAAUCAUAGUGGUAGAAAAUUACAUUGGCAUCAUCUCAUGUCAAAUGGAAUAAUAACAUUUAAGAAUGAAGUAGGUCAAUAUGAUUUGGAGGUAACCACUUUUCAGCUGGCUGUGCUGUUUGCAUGGAACCAAAGACCCAGAGAAAAAAUCAGCUUUGAAAAUCUAAAACUUGCGACUGAACUCCCUGAUGCUGAACUUAGAAGGACUUUAUGGUCUUUAGUAGCUUUCCCAAAGCUCAAACGGCAAGUUUUAUUGUACGAACCUCAAGUCAGCUCACCCAAAGACUUCACAGAAGGUACCCUCUUCUCAGUGAACCAGGAGUUCAGUUUAAUAAAAAAUGCAAAAGUUCAGAAGAGGGGUAAAAUCAACUUGAUUGGACGCUUGCAACUCACUACAGAAAGGAUGAGGGAAGAAGAGAAUGAAGGAAUAGUUCAACUUAGAAUAUUGAGAACCCAGGAAGCUAUCAUACAAAUAAUGAAAAUGAGAAAGAAAAUUAGUAAUGCUCAGCUGCAGACUGAAUUAGUAGAAAUUUUGAAAAAUAUGUUCUUACCACAAAAGAAAAUGAUAAAAGAGCAAAUAGAAUGGCUAAUAGAGCACAAAUACAUCAGAAGAGAUGAAUCUGAUAUCAACACUUUCAUAUAUAUGGCAUAAUUUUGAAUAUCACAGACAAGACUAAGAAUACAGAUUUUGGAGUGCUUGGGCAGAAAGUUGUCACAGUUUGAGCUGAAGAAAGGCUGAUUUGGACUUUGAUGACAUAAGUAUUCAGAUCUCUGCCUUACCUUACAGAACGACUCUUACUUGCCAGUCACACUCGUUAGCAUGACGGCCUCCCUUCAUGUUGCACACUCAGUAACAGCAUGCUGUUUUGUGGAGAACCUUGCAUUCAUGAAGAGCCCAUUACGAACUUCUAAAAGUAAAUCCGAUUUUUACAUCAGGAAAAACACAAUGGGAAGGGCGAGGGCGGGGUUCUUGUUGCUUUUAUUUUUCCUCUUAAAAAAUGUACUUGCACAAGGAAGGAUAUUCAGAUAUUCAUGCACUGAAAAAUGCUGUUAUCUUUGUUUUUUAAAAAACUGCAAUUAAAACUAGAAGUAGCAUUUGUGGCUUCUUGUGAUGAAGAGAGUGAGCUGGUCAACACAACAUUGGGAGAGGGCAGAUGUAGGUGAGAAGAGCAGUCUUUCACAGCUUCAGAUUAUUUGAACACUGCUUCAGCAUCAUAACUGGAUUUUAAUGGUGACCUAAAAAAUGGUAUUUAAUAUUUCUAAUUUGAAAAUUUUUUUAAAGCAGGAAACCACUGCUUUAGUUACUUGUUACUGAGUGAUGAGUUUUUAAAGACCUUAUGUGGCUGGAGAGCUUGUUUGGGAGUAAAGCUCAUGUUGUUGCUUCAGUUGUUUGAGAAAAAUCGCAGAGAUCGGGCAGUCGUUAUGGUUCCAGCUUUAGUAUCUGUACUGUCUGCGUGAGCACAGGGAAGCCAUGACUGCACAGCCAGAACAGUGAGACAAACACGUGCAGUGUGUUCACUAACACACUUCAUCUUUAUAUGCCUAAUGUUUAUUAUGCUGGUCUAAUUAGAAACAGUGCCGAAAUCUGCUCUGAUAGAACACAUUUCUGGGGCUGACCUCUUAAUCUGUAGCAUAGAACUAUUUUGGUAUUUUGAAGUCUCAUGAUUAGGGAUCUACAGCCUCAGGUUUCUGGAAAGGAAAGCAUUUUCUGUAAAAAGUAACAAUUACCAGUAAGCUAGGAGGAAGAGACAAACCCCACAUAAGUCCUGAAAAGCAUAAGCAAAGAUGUUAUAAUCUUAACAUGAGCAGUAAACUUGCCAAAUAUGUACAUAUAUAUUUAUAUAUUUUAAAAAUAAACAUUUAAAAAAUGUUCAGAAGGCAACAGUUACCUUGUUCCUUUCAGUCAGUCCAAAGCAGCAGCUUAAUAGUUGCUGGCAACUAGAUACCCAGAGCAGUAGAAAUUUUAGGACUUGAGAACUUGAACAACAACUUGAAAAGAAAAAAAUUAUAUUCCCUAUGGGGAAAACAAAAUGGCUCAAUAUGGAUUUUUAUUUAUCGUGGUGCAUGUUUCAAUUUUUUUUUUUCGGUACCAGGGAUUGAACUCACGACCAAGCACUUGCAUGGCAGGUGCUUAUGCCGCUGAGCUAAAUCCCCAGCCCCUCAAAUUUUCUUAAAAAUUAUUUUUAUGUUUUUGAUGUCAAGUACUAAGUAUGGUUUGGAAGAAGGUAGGUGCUGGAAGGCAUCCAGUGUUAGUACAUGGCAGGGUGCUCGGGAGAGCCAUUUUCCAUGGAGGUGCCACCGGUCUGGGAAGCACCGUGCACUUCCUGCUGAGAGAAGGAAGGCGCAUUCCAUCCCGAGUAGUGAAGGUUUUGCCAGUUAGACUCAAAUGCUUGUUCUGAAACUCAUAGAAAAUUGGGAGUUUUGUGGAUAAUUGACAGCCAUACACUUGUAAGAUAGCAUAUAUGAAUUAUAGACCAAGCAUCCUAUAUUGAAUUAAAAUUAGUGUUCAUUGUUUUCCCUAAUUAGACGACUGUUACAGUGGAUAAAUUAUGUCUCACAAAUCGCUUGGUAUUGGCAUUUGCUUGUCCUGAUACAAGAAAGCCAAAGAAAGAAAUAGGAAAAAUUAUAGACCUUUAUAAAUGUAUAAGAUUUGUUUUUUAAACCGUAAUUAUUUCUAGAACUUUUUUGGUAUUUCUAAUCUUUUUGGUCAUUUAAGAAUGAGAGCCAUAGUGUUUUGAUUCUGAAAGGAAAAUUGAAUGCAAAGUGAGUAAUGCUAAAUCCAUAGCUAAAGUUUUCUAUUAAAUUUCAUAAGUAGCCAAUUAUGUCGUAAUUCUAUUUGAGAGGUUGAACAGCAGCCAAUACUGUAGACUUACAGUUUUCAUCAUUUUUAAAAAUUACGUAUACAAAAGUUUAAUUUUUGUUGUUUAUGAAAACCAUUGUAUUGACACAGUGCCUAUACCGUUGUUAAAUUUUCUUUAAAGAUGUUUUGACAUGUUUGCUAAUUUUAAAAAAUGAGUCUGAAAAAAUAAUUUUAACUAGUAAUUUGCUAAAGGUACAGAAUCACAGUAUUCCUUAUCAGGUCUCUUUCUCCAGUGUGCACUUAAAAUUAGCAUUAUCUGAGCAGGGAUGAAACCUCACAUAGUUCUGAGAAAAGAGAAACUCCAAGACCAGGAAAAAGCAAAACAAAAAAACCCUUUAUUAUGAGUAGUGCUGCAGGAGACUCCUCGGAGUUUAAUUCCUUCCUUUCCUCUCCUCUCCUUUUCUCCUCUCUUCUCUUUUUUCUUUCUUUCUUUCUUUCUCUUUCUUUCUUUCUUUCUUUCUUUCUUUCUUUCUUUCUUUCUUUCUUUCUUUCUCUUUCUUUCAGUUUUUGUCUUGUUGUUGUUUUAAGACAAGGUUUUACUAUGUAGUUCAGGCUGUCCUUGAACUCUUUUGUCACCUUGGCUGGCUUUGAACUCACAGCUGUUCUCCUGCCUCAGCCUCCCAAGUGCUGGGAUUAGAGGCGUAUGCCACCGUGCCUGGCUAGAGGUUAAGUUUGGAACACUUCUCUUCUGGUUUAAAGAUGGAACCAUCUGAAAAUGGUAACUUUCUGUUGCCACCUCAUUGCCAUAGUAAGUAGAUAUGAAACAAAAUUUAUGAAGGGAAAAUAUAUGACAUGUUUGAUGCUUACAAUGCGAUAAAUGUUAGGAUAUUAUUUCAAUAAUUUAACGAGAUUAUAAGAAAUUCUGAAGUCUUCCAAUUUUUACAUUUAUGGGGGGGGGGGUUUCCCUGAGGGUUUUUUUUUUUUCCUACAAGAACAGUUGAGUAAUCCCUGAGUUUUACCAGCCCACUUAAUUCUUUGUCUUUUACUUUUUACAUAAAUGCUAAAAUUUCCAAAAAUGAAAUGUUAGCUUUAUUUUUACUUUUUAUUACACUUAAUAGAAUAUGACCUUAGUACUUUAAAAGAUAACUUUUCAUUGUUUGCAAUAAUAUGUCAGUAACCUUGCUCAAAGGACAAAUUUUUAAAAUUGAAUUGGAGUGAAAGAUUUGCUGGUUUUACAGAAAGAUUUGCUAUCAUAAAUCUAAGCUUUUUUUUAUUUUCAUGUAAAGGACUCGGGAUAUUGUCUUUAUAGAUUCUUCCAAGGUCAUGUGUGUAAAAUAAAUAACACAUGAGAGUAUGUCAUCUACAGUGCUGAGCAAAUUUGAGUUUCUAAGGUGUAAUCUCUCCUCACAUGGUUUAUGCGAUCUUUGAAUGUGUGCCACUACAUACUGAGAUGAUAAUGCUGUACAAUUCAAAACAGUAGCAGUUUCUGUAUGCAGUAGGCUGAAAUAUUUUGAUGAACUGCUUAAUUUUGGAUUUUAUUUUUUAAGUUGUAUAAUUUAUUUUCUUGCAAAAUAAAAGUAAUAUAAAAGCUUUCACCUAUUCAGAAAA